AACAACGCACCCCUUGGGGUUGGGGAGGGGAUGAGAGGUGAUACCGCGUUGGAAGUUUAGAAAAGCGGGGGGUAGAAGGAGGAAAUCUUCGCUCACUGCUUGUUCGCUGCUGCUUCGCGAUUCCGUGUGUCGGUCCGUGUAGUGCGUGAGACUGGGCUGCUUGCUGUUGAAUAAUCGUACCCAUCGUCGAAACACCGUAAGGUCGACCGCUACACACUUUCUCCGCAGAUAACGGGGUCCCACUUUGGUAGACGGAAGUGCCACGGAUUAAAAUAGUAGCAAACAUGGAGAUCGAAUUUUUGGAUGCUAAAUCGUCGAAAUCGCUGGGCAAGUGUCGCGUGUCGGGCGAUACCACACUGCAAGCGCUCAAGACGGAGGUGCAAAAGCUGAAGCCUGCCCUGACCGUGCACCGCCAGUCGCUCCGGCUGGAACCGCGCGGCAAGCCGCCGAAGGAAAGCGAAACGCUGAAAUCGCUCAAUAUCGCGGCAGGCGGCAAAAUCUACGUGCGCGAUCUCGGCCCGCAAAUCAGCUGGAAGGGCGUCUUCCUGGCGGAGUACGCAGGGCCAAUCUUUGUCUAUAUGCUCUUCUACCAGCGCCCUUCGCUCAUCUACUCCAAUGCAGACAAUCCGAUGAGUCUUACCGCCAAAAUUGCGGCUGCAUGCUGGGUGGGACAUUACACUAAGCGUCUUCUGGAGACUCUUUUUGUGCACCGUUUCUCCCAUGCGACGAUGCCACUGAGGAAUCUGUUCAAAAACUGUUCGUACUACUGGGCGUUCGCUGGCUACGUGGCCUAUCACGUAAACCAUCCGCUAUUCACGGAACCUUCCCCCGCCCUGGUGUAUGCUGGGUUGGCCACCUUUGUGGUAAGCGAGCUGGGUAACUUUUCCAUCCAUAUUCUGCUGCGGAACUUGCGACCGGCAGGCUCGAACGUGAGGAAAAUCCCCGUCCCGGAUGCCAAUCCACUCACGCAGUUGUUCAACUUUGUCUCUUGCCCGAACUACACGUACGAGUUCUUCUCGUGGGUCGGCUACACCCUGAUGACGUCCUGCAUUCCGGCCGGUUUGUUCGCGGCCGCCGGCAUGUACCAGAUGACCGUGUGGGCCCUCGGCAAACACCGCAACUACAAGAAAGAGUUCAAAGACUAUCCGAAGAGCCGCAAAGCUAUCCUUCCGUUUGUGCUCUAAUUUAAUGGGCGAUGGUUUACUAAUUUACGAAGAACCAAAACAAAGAACAAACAUAAAACAAAGCAGAAUCCGGGGUUAGAGAGAAAGAGAGAAAGAGAGAGAGAGAGAGAGAGAGAGAGAGAGAGAGAGAGAGAGAGAGAGAGAGAGAGAGAGAUUACGUUUUGGUAUUUUUCUACAUUAAGCAAAGGGAGUGGGAAUACGUUUCGAGCUAUUAAUUUAAUGUUUGCCGUUUACUUAUUAAACAUAGCUAUUUCUUUGUUUGUUUUCUGCGGUUGAGGUAACAGAAUUUCCCUGCUCAGAUGGAAAAUUGUCACACUUAUAAGAUUUAGACGUUCACACAUUUCUUAUCUUUUUUUUGUAAAAUCAUUCACGUAAGACAGCAACCAACAAAACACGCUUCUUGGGCGUUCAUUAGGAUUUCAAAUGAUUUUUUUUUGAAUUACUGUUAAUUGUUUGCAGCCACAAGAUGAAAUGUGGUCAUUUCCUUUCGUAACAGCAUUCCUGGCGCCGCAUUUAUAAAUUGCCUUAACGAAACAUACUCAAGUUGAAACACAUGGGACGUUCAUUCCUUCGAUCACAUCGUUUUGGCAGAACUGUUUGGUGGAAUAUGACAAAAGGGCAGCAUUGACAACACUUCAGAGAAGUAGAGCUAUAUUCAAUAAGAAGAAAUACAAAGCAGUGACAAAAUAAACAAAUUAAAAGAAAACUA